GUUGAUGAGAAUGUUCCAGACUGGGUAAGAAGCAAAGGCCUAUCAUCUCUGGAGAACACUCAACCAGCCCCACUGAAGAAAUUCCCAGAACACUGAUGGUGGCAACUGGAGAUAUGGGAAGCCGGUGCCUGCCACAAGCACCAGUUCUUUCUAUGCUGCUUAUCUGGUCAAUAUUACAAAUGAUGACUAUUUCAGCUUCCUGCCCUCAGUGCAAUGAAAAUGCCAUCUGCUUCAAUAGCACUCACUGUAUUUGUAAAGAAGGAUUCUGGACAGGCUCAGAGAAUAGAAGAAUUAUUGAGCCCCAUGUAAAAUGUCAAGAUAUUGAUGAGUGUCGAUUGGAAGAAACUUUGUGCAAGGAUGUAUCAUACUGUAGAAAUAAAAUUGGGACUUACAUAUGCAGCUGUGUAGUAAAAUAUCCUAUAAUUAACUGGGUAGCUGCCAUUUUUGAUAUUGAUCAUCCUGAUUGUUAUGUGAACAAGAGCAAUGAAAUUGGAUCGAAAGCAGCAUGUACUUCGGGAGUACUGUAUGACUGUAACUCUAAAGAGGAUGUUGCAAAAGGGGCUACCGUAUAUCUUCAAAACACAGAACGUCACAUCUUAAAUGAAAACUCAGAUACACCAAUAAAGAGUUCUACACGGGAUAUAGUGUAUGAAACUAAUAAAUGCAAGAAGACAACUAUUUUGGAAGCUGGCAACAACACAAUGAAGAUUAAUUGUACUAGUGUCCUCAAAGAAAACAAGAAUAGAGAUGAAACUACAGUGGCUUUUAUUGCAUAUAAGUCUCUUGGGAAUCUUCUAAAUGGAUCAUUUUUUAGAAAUAAAGAAGGGUUUCAGGAAGUAAAAUUGAACUCUCAUAUUGUUAGUGGAGCCAUUCGCUCAGAAAUCAAACCUGUGCUAUCUGAACCUGUAAUCCUGACUUUACAAAAUACUCAGCCCAUUGACUCAAGAGCAGAACAUCUCUGUGUCUAUUGGGAAGGAUCAGAGGAAGGGGGUAGCUGGUCUACUAAGGGCUGCUCGCACGUGUACACCAAUAAAUCCUACACAAUUUGCAAGUGUUUCCACCUGUCCAGCUUUGCUGUGCUUGUUGGUCUAUCCAAUGAGGAGAACGCUGUGCUUUCUGCACUCUCUGUGAUCACCUAUGUGGGACUCAGUCUUUCUCUCUUGUGCCUAUUUCUGGCGGCCAUCACUUUUCUCCUGUGCCGGCCCAUUCAGAAUACCAGCACGACACUCCACCUACAGCUCUCCAUCUGCCUUUUCCUGGCUGACCUCCUCUUCCUCAUAGGCAUCAACAGAACUAAGCCUAAGGUGCUGUGCUCAAUCAUAGCAGGAAUGUUGCACUAUCUCUACUUGGCUUCCUUCAUGUGGAUGUUUCUGGAAGGGCUACACCUUUUCCUUACUGUGAGAAAUCUCAAAGUGGCCAACUACAGCCACUCAGGCAGAUUCAAGAAGAGACUCAUGUAUCCUGUAGGAUAUGGGUUUCCUGCCCUUAUUGUUGCUGUGUCUGCAAUAGCUGGUCACAAGAAUUAUGGAACAUACAACCACUGCUGGCUCAGCCUUCAUAGAGGAUUCAUCUGGAGCUUCUUGGGGCCAGUGGCAGCCAUUAUCUUGAUAAACCUGGUGUUCUACUUUCAAGUUCUAUGGAUUUUGAGAAGCAAACUUUCUUCUCUCAAUAAAGAAGUUUCUACACUUCAAGACACAAAGAUUAUGACAUUUAAAGCCAUCGUUCAGCUAUUUGUAUUAGGAUGUUCUUGGGGCAUUGGCUUAUUUAUUUUCUUUGAAGUUGGGAAGACAGUGAGAUUGAUCUUUGCCUAUCUGUUCACCAUCAUCAAUGUCCUGCAGGGUGUUUUGAUAUUUCUGGUACAUUGUCUGCUUAAUCGCCAGGUGCGAAUGGAGUAUAAGAAGUGGUUUCAUAGGCUGCAGAGAGAAACUGAAAGUGAAAGUACGGAAUUGUCUCAUUCUACUACUCACACCAAAAUGGGUUCUUCUCUGAAAACGGAAAAUUUCUGCCAAACAGGAAAUCUACAUGACUCCAAUCCUCAGAAUACUAGAGCUGUAGGUUUAUAUUCAAUGCCAACUAAAUUUGACCUUGGUGCUGAGGAUCUGAACUCGGGUACUCAUGCUUACUGGAACAGAGUUGUUAGUGACUGAAUCUACUCCUUCUCCAAGCCUCUUAUAGUGAUUUUUUUCACUAGUACUCUGUCAUGCACAUAAAACCACAUUGCUAGUGUGGUUAAAAAAAAAAGAACAUUGGUUAUUGGUUGCACAUUCGAUGAUCAUUUCAUUUUAUCUCUUCUUGAAAAAUUUAGAUUUCUUUCCCUACAUAUCAUUUUAUAUUUCUCUUUCUUGCCUUCAUCUAUAGCUUUAAUUGGUGAGUUACUAGUCUUAAUGUUCUAGAUCACUGUUUUCUUUUCAAUUAACUUUUAUUGGUAUUCACUUCCUUUAUAGUGUAUACCGCUGGAAUAUUUUAAAUUAUUUCUUUAAUUUUAAGGUUACAAGAUAGUUACAUAUUUUUUCCUUUUUUCUCCAAGUCUCAUGUAUAUGUUUUUCUUGGUAUUCUUGGCAUCUAUUCUCAUUAAUUUUUUUAACCUGCAUAUAUAUAUGCUAUGCAUCACACCACACACACACACACACACACACGCACACACACACUCACGUAUAUGCAUAUAUGUAAUAUACAUAUGUACAUAUAUAUAUUCUUACAUGCAUGAAAACAAUCUCCUUGUUCUAAAUAUUUCUUCUAUGUAUGUUUUCAGAAGAGGGUUAAGGACAGCCCACAGGGCCUAAGUCUUAUACAAAGAAUCAGAGGCAAUUGCGAAAUGGUGAGUUGAAGAAAUAGUCUUACCUAGGGAAGAGGAUAUUAACAAACUAUCUAAUACAAAAUCUUCAGCCCCCAAAUUAUUAAGAUAUGAAGGCCUAUAUGGGUCUAAGGAAUUAUCUACAUUGAGAGUCCUUGAAAGACCACACCUUUAAGGGAACAUCAUCUGCAUGGUGAUUCUGUGUUCUGAAUAGGGCAUAUUGCAUGUCUAAGUGUUGACAGGUUUAAUUAUAGCAUUUUACAUUCAGUGUAUUUUGCUUUGGUGUAGUGAAUAAUACUCUUAUUUCCUUUUAUUUGACAUCUUUGUUAUUUUUUUCCUGGUAAUAUUUUAUUCAACAAGAACCUAGAACCUUAGUUUAUUACCUUUUCUUCCAUAGAAUAAUUACAUUAUCUUCCAGGAUUUAAUAUGAUCAGUAUUUCUUGUUUGCAUGUAUCAAAUGUCAUGAUGAAACACAUUACUGUGUAAAAUUAAUAUCUGCCAAUAAAUCCAAGAGAAAUAGAAUACCA